GAAAUGAGUCAAUAUUUAUCAACUGGAGGAUUUAAAUGGCUAUCAACAAAACCUCUCGAAGCAACUUCCCUAUUAAUGCAGAAAAUUUUAUUACUAAAAGAAAAAUCAAAUCAAGGAUGUUGUUUAGAAGUAAAGUUAUCGAUUCCAAAAGAAUUGCAUCCCAAAUUUCGAAACUAUCCAAUGUGUCCAGAACGAAUGAAAGUACCAUAUGAUUGGUAUAGAUCAAAGCAAAAAGAAUGGAUAAGAAAACAACAUCCCGAUACAGAAAAACUUAUACUAACUUUACAAGAUAAAGACCAUUAC